GUUCAACCAUACAAAAUUCCAAAAAUAAAAUUAAAAAGAAAGAAAGAGAGAUUAAAUAUGAACAUGACAUGUGCUUACGCUCUCUGCAAAUAGAGGCCCUUUAAUUCAUCCGCAAACUUCUCUUACUCGCAAAGCAUCACUCUUCCAAAAAUAGAUGCGCCUUUGUCUCUGUGUGUAUAUGUUAUAUAUGUGUUAUAUAUACACAGCACUGAUAAAUAAAAAAAUGUUUUAAUCGCUUUUAGAAAACUUCGUCGUCGUCUUCGAUCGGAUCUCGCACUUUCUUUAUCGACACAUCGCAGAGAAACACAGAGACAAGAAACUGGCAAGAUCGAAGAUCUUGAUAAUGUCGGGAAGAACAGAUGAAGAAUCUGCAAGUAGGACGACGAAUCAUCAAGAAGAGGGAUUCUUGUCAUCAAGGGCAUUGACGAAGGAGAACUCGAGGGCUAAUUCUUCGUCGAGGGUUUAUUACUACGGCGGAGCCACCGUGCCUUUUGUGUGGGAGACGUGUCCAGGUACACCCAAACACUCUCUCUUCUCUGAUCCCUCUCGUCUUCCUCUCCCGCCGCCGCUUACUCCGCCUCCGUCCUACUUCUCCUCCGCUAACUUGUCGUCCAAGAAAAGGUGUCAUGACAAGGUCCUGAAAAUUAGACAAACCCACUUCCUAGCGAGUCUUUUCCAUCUUAGGAAGAACAAUAACGUAAAGGGUCAUGCCUCUCAGCCAUCGUUUUCAUGGUCGUCCACGUCAUCUUCAGUGUCCUCGUCAUCAUCUUCUUCGUGGUCACCUCCAGUUUCCCAUUCGAAGAAAUUAGGGUUCCAUAGGAAGAAUUUUUCUCUGCCCUGUUCGAGAUCUCCGAUUCCUUACGUUAAGGAUGACGGCGAAGACGAGUCGGAGGCCGAGGAGGAGGAGAUUAGGUCAUCGUCGUCGUGGACAUCGAAUCUGUGUUACGGAUCUAAAGGGGGGAAAAGAGGGUUUAGUUCUUCAAUGGGGAGUUUGAAGAGGGCUCUAUUUUCUGCCCGUAUCAAUGGAUCCAAGUCAAGAUCUUACCAGUGAUGAAUUGCUUGAUCAUGCGAAUCUAGAUUUACCUUUUUUUUCCCGUGUUCGUGAGUUCUUGUUCGUUUUUUUUUUUGUUGAAGGAUCUUAAUAUCUGUAACGAGAAGAUCCGAAUUAGGUUUAGAUUUUAAGGUUGGGUUUCAUAUUUGGUUUUGGGUUUCUCUCGUUGAACAUCGUGUUUGAUUUGUUCAAUUCCAAAAUCAUAUGUUUUGGACAAAAUUUGUGUGGUUUUGAUUAAUCAAAUUAUCAAUUGUGUGUUUUUAUAAUGUUUA